AUGUCCAAGAGCAAACCCUUGGCCAAUGCCGCUAGUUCAUCAACCUUGACUACCGAUGGCGAGGGAGAAGGGGACCACUCGGUCUUUGCUUCCUCGUCGGCCUCUUCCAGUGUUGCACGACCUGCAAAGCGGCCAAAGAGGGACCAUACGCACGGCCCCUCUUCGUCCACUUCCUUCGCGUCGUCUCCCGUCCCUCUCAGCACACCUCAGCCUUCUAGACCUUCCAAGACAAAGACUCCUAAGCAGAAUCGUAGCAUCAUCAAAAAAGCAGCGCCUCCUAGUAAUCAAUGCGCCUUUUGUGGUUAUCAGAAGAACAAGGCUGGCCAAGAUGAGCUACUAAUAAGCUGUCAUGUCUGUGGGAGCAGUGGUCAUCCCACUUGUAUGCGAUGGGGCAGAAACCCUCGCAAGAUUGCCGUGGCUCAGAACUACCCUUGGUCGUGCCUAGAAUGCAAAGAGUGCGAAAUUUGUGGGACAAAGGGCGACGAUGAUGCUAUUAUGUUCUGCGAUCGUUGCGACCGAGGGUGGCAUCUGUACUGCCUCUCGCCGCCUCUGAAAGAGCCUCCGAAGGGACAGUGGUACUGUCCGACGUGCCAGGAACUUGGCGAGCACGUCAAGAAGGUCUCCCAUCGCCCCAAACCUCUACCCAACGGUCUUGUAGGCGCUCGUUCUUCGUCGUUCUCAUCUCCCUUGGCCUCGAGCUACGGAGUCUGGGAGAGAGGCGCUAGAGCAGUCAGUCCUAAUACCCCAGAGAAGUAUCCUGGUCGGAUGGAGGCGAGUACGCCGCUACCUCCCGAGGAAGAUGAUGGGGGCCCACAGACCAUCGGAGAGGCCAGGAAGGGCAUCAGGGCCAGGAAGCCAACGAACAAGAAUAAGAGCUACGAGAUCGCAAGCCCAUCGGAUGACCAGUCCCCGGCAUCUUCAAGUUCAGCUAGGAAAGGAAAGGAGAAAGCUUUAGAGCGAUCGACGCCCCUGCUGAAGCUCAAGCUAGACCAUUCCAGGCGCGUUUCGUCAUCCUCGGCUUCUCAGCUACCAGCCAGGAAGCGGGCAGCUGCAGGAUCGAUGGCUAUCUCGAAUUUCUACGACGACGAUUCUGACUCGGAGCCGUGGGAUCGGCCGGAUCAAGAAGAGGGGCCAGACGAGGACGAUCAGGAGAUUGUGUCUGCACAAAGAAAGCAUCGUGGCAAGCGAGUUCAAGUCAGCGAGACGCCCGAGGAGAACGACGCUGACUCAACGGCAGACGAGGAAGCAGAAGAGACCGACGUCGAUCGCUUCGGCGGCAUUCUUACUGCGACGGAAGCUGACACAGGCCGAACAAGGCCUCAAGCAGAUGACAAGGCGAGGUUCGAGAGGAGCAAAUUGAGUGCUGAGACGAAGUUGGGCAGCGCUGUAGCGGCACUUCCAGGAACAUCGCGAGGUCGACCGAUUAAGCGGCCCGGAGAAAAUUCUGCAUCGUCUGGCUUGGCUCAUCAGUCCUCUGCAGCUGGGUACUUCACCGGAUCGUCUUGGGCAGGGACCGGCGCGGCAGACGGAGCGAGUCGGACACCUCGCAUGGUUCCGGCCAGACGUCCUCUUCAUGAGCAAGUCGAAGGCGGUACCUCCUCCAAUCUAGGAGAGACAGGAGGCUCGGCUACUCCGAUGGGCUCGUCUCAAAUGUCCGUGCCAUCGACGCCCGUUGCAGAAGACCUUGCCGUAGCAGCUUCGGCAGCCGAGACCGGAACUGCAACUCCUAUCCGCAUGAUCCGCUUCGCGACUUUCGACCUCGAUGUCUGGUAUCAAGCUCCAUACCCCGAAGAAUACUCCCUUGUUCCAGACGGGAGGCUGUGGCUCUGCGAAUACUGCUUGAAGUACAUGAAGAGUAGGUUCAUGGCGACUCGACACCGGAUCAAGUGUAAGGUCCGACAUCCGCCAGGUGAUGAGAUCUAUCGAGAUGGCAAUAUCAGUAUCUUCGAGGUCGACGGAAGGAAGAGCAAGAUCUAUUGUCAGAACCUUUGCCUCCUCGCCAAAAUGUUUCUUGAUCACAAGACCCUCUACUACGAUGUUGAACCUUUCCUCUUCUACAUCGUGGCUGAAAUGGACGAUCUGGGUGCUCACUUCGUGGGCUACUUUUCCAAAGAGAAAAGGAGCCACAUGGGCUACAAUCUGUCUUGCAUCAUGACCCUGCCCAUUCGCCAACGAAGGGGCUGGGGCAACUUCAUCAUCGACUUCAGCUACCUCCUGUCGAAGAAAGAGGGAACACUAGGCUCGCCCGAAAAGCCUCUGUCCGAUCUCGGUCUUCUGUCAUACCGUAAUUACUGGACUCUGGCAGUGUUCCAGUACCUCCGCACCGCUCCGGACACUGUGACCAUCGAAGACAUCUGUGCUGGCACGGCGAUGACUCCGGAAGAUAUUCACUAUGUUCUCAAAGAGCAGGAUAUGAUCAUUGUCUACGAUGGAGCAUCUGGGUCACGGGCUCCCGCGACGCUCAAGUACAAGUCGCGAGACGGCCAGGUCAAUAGCGACACAACGUCUCCGCCCUUGAGCUCGGCCUCUGCCACAGCGACACAACGUCAGGGCAGACGGGGCAGACCACGAGGUGGUGGGUCUAAUAGUAGGGCUGCCGCGGCUCGCAAGGGCAAGGAGAACGCCAAUGCUGUUCCGACUGAUUAUCAGAUCCACUUCGAUCGAGACUACAUCGUGGCGCACCUGAAGAACUAUGAUUCAAAGGGCUACGUCAAGGUCAAGCCGGAAAAGCUUCGCUGGACCCCCUUCCUCAUGACUCGAGGUGGCGCUGCUGCUGCUUUGAGCCUCUCGAUGUCAGCAACAGCUCCGUCGGCAGACGCCAAUGCUCAAGUAGCCUUCCAAUCAGCGGGAUCUCCGACCUUUGUCGAGGCGACUGACAAAGCGAUUGCCGCGGCCGCUCCGAUGUCCCCGACCACGAACGGAGAAGUUGCCAAUGCAGCUACUGCCAGUCCCACAGAAGCCGGCCUUGCGAGAUCGGCGAAAGACGCAAAAGCAGCAGCAAGGAGGCUUGAUCAGGCUGUCGAGGUUACAGAAGAGACACUGGGACGCGCCCAGAGUGGUGGCGAGACUCUGGCCAAUGGGCAUUACCGGGAGGGAGAUCCCCCUUCUCAGAAUAUCUUGCUGCAGGAAGCAGGCCAGCCAGACGUCAUCCUCCCCGCCUCGGCCACGAAAGCUGAAUCCCCGAGGCGUACACCGGAAGACUACUUGGACAGCGGAUACUCGCCUGUACGUCCUACCUCACCUCUAACCUCAGGGCCAACCACGCCUACUAGACGCUCAAAUCGACCAAUGGUGGCCGCAGGCGUCUCACCAGGCAGGGAGAUCACGUCGGACAAGAACUUGAAGCGGAUCACGACUCUAGGACGUGGCGAGACAGUAGUCGAGGUGGUCAUCGGGGAUGGGUCCGAUGAUGAUGCCGAUGCCGAGGGAGAAGAGGACGAGGAUGCAGAAGGGGAAGGGAACUCUGUGUAUGUAGAUGAUGAUGACGACGCUGAUGGUGAGGACGACCCGGACGUUGAUGGGCAGCUGUGA